CAUCAGCAUGAUGUGUAGAGCCUUGGAGGAAAUAGUGAAGUCGGCAUGCCUUAAUGAGAAGCAAGUCUGUCACAAAAACAUAGUUUGACAGAAUUCUGUUUAUCAUUCAGUUUACGAUUCAUUUGUUUUUUCAGUGUUACCUGUAUCCAGUCCUUCCGUUACCAAAUUUGUGGUGGACACAGAGGAAGCAUUCUUGAACCAUUCCUUACCUUUGCGAGAGACCUAAGAGCCAACAAGACACUUCUUAAAUUCAAUGUGUUGCAGGCUGGCCAUUCUUCAUGUCACCAGCACAUGGACGGGCAUAAACGGGAACAGAUCUUUUAAAAGUCCACACUGCUACGGGGCGCGUGGACGCAAAGCGCAAAUCAGAGUAUGGGACUCCCUCAGCACGCCUGAAAAGGACAAAACGCCAAAUGAACUCUACCGCAUUCUGCACAUUCCCGCCUUGUUUGUGGAUAGUAUAACGUUUCUAUCUGUCUCCUUGUGAGAUGUGACAGUGAUUUUUUUUUUUUUCAUUCUCAUGAUCUUAAUCCAGCUUCUUGGGACCUUUCUCUGGCAGAGUAAUAAACGGUGAAAGUUUCGUCGGCGCACUUUGUGCGUCGCAACUUCAGGCUGAUGAUUUGAAGAAAACUGUUGCCUGUCACUGAAUUGAUCUCCAGAAGAAAUGAAGAGAUUUCGGCAGAAGGUUGUGGGGCUGUUGAUAAUUCUAUUGACUCUUUCAUUUUUGACAGCGAGAGGGCUCCCCAUUAAAAAGCACAGGAGCGGUAGCUCCAAACCCAGGGCCGCGUCUACAGAGGUCAAAGGUGAGGGUGGCGGCGGCCGGGAUGUGCGUCAGAUGCUCCGGAGCCUGCAGGAGCAGAACCAGCUGAGGUCCGACCCGCUCUCGCCGACCCGCCGGCACAAGCGCAGGUGGUCGCACCUCCGCUCCGACGCCUCGCUGCCCAAACCUGCCCCACAGGAGCAGGAGCCCUUCGUCCUGGACCUGAAGAACUUCCCGGACCUGGCCAAGGACCUGGGCUCACAGAACCCCAACAUUCAGGUGACUAUCGAGGUGGUGGACAACCCCCAGAUGGAGAUCGAGAUGGACCUGGCCAAGGAGAGCCGCAACGACUGGUCCUUGUCGUCCGAGGACUGGCUGGGCCACAGGAAGCUGUUCUGGCCGCUGUUCUGGGAGUACCACGACCCGACGGAGGACAGCCAAGGCCAGGGCAGCCUGGAGGACAGUGAUGAGGACUACUCGAUCGACGGGGAUGACGCCGUUCUCAGCGGGGUCGGAGGAGACUGGGAGAACAGGUGGAAGGGCUGGUAUUCCAAAGACAACUACGAGUACGAGGAGGAGGAGUGGAGUGAAUGGUCGCCCUGCAGCGUCACCUGUGGCCAUGGCAACCAGAAGAGAGUUCGUUCCUGUGGCUACGCCUGUACGGCAACAGAGUCCAGAACGUGUGACCUCGAGAGGUGCCCAGAUGACCUGAAUGCAGUGACGGAGCUUAUGCCUAUCGCCAUGGACAACACCACCCAGUCUUUUGGCACAGAUGUGGACAGCUGUGAGAAGUGGCUGAACUGUAAGAACGACUUCCUGCAGAAGUACCUGCACCAGGUGCUGACGGAGCUCCCUAGCUGCCCGUGCGCGUACCCGUCCGAGGCCGUCUACAGCACGGUCAACAUCUUCGACGGCCAGCUGCAGAAGACGUUCCGCUGGCGCGACGCCAGCGGCCCCAAGGAGCGGCUGGACAUCUACAAGCCCGGCGCCCACUUCUGCGCGCGCUCCAUGCUGUCGUUCGACAGCACCACGCUGGCGGCGCAGCACUGUUGCUACGACGACCACAUGAAGCUCAUCACGCGCGGCAAAGGCGCCGGCGCCCCCAACCUCAUCAGCACCGAGUUCUCGCCCGAGCUCCACUACAAAGUGGACGUGCUGCCCUGGAUCCUGUGCAAAGGGGACUGGAGCCGCGUCCACUCGGCGCGUCCGCCCAACAACGGCCUGCGGUGCACCGCCAACCCGGCCGACCCUGUCUACUUGCUGGAGCUGGAGGAGGCUCGCGAGUAUUGACCUAAGCCUCGCUAGGGAGGAGGGGGGGGGGGGGGUGUUGGACAGCUGAGUCAUUUGUCAAAGAGAGAAAAAAACCUUGCCACCGUCCAAUAUUGAGACAAAUUGCGCCCCGCUAAUUAUGCAGGCUGAGUUUGUCUACUGAGCACAAGGGCCCAAUGACGCCAUUGGGAGGCUUUUGGGAGCUAUUUUCUUCUUUUUCUUAUUGGUAUUUCAAAAUGAGCGGCGUUAGAUCCCACUGUCUCACACAUCAACACUUCAGCUGGAGAGGCAGUCUGCGGAGUUUGGCGCUGCUUGUGAUCCAGCCCUGUAAUUUAUGUCCGAGGCUUGGAGCUGUGGUUGGGAUAAACCAUACACUGUUUAUGCACAUCUUAGCUGAAAUAACACUGGGUUAGAGAGCUGGGAUCAAGCCUCAGGUGGAGAACAGUGAUGCAACAGUCUCUCUCUCUCUUUCUCUCUUUCUCUCUUUCUCUCUCUCUCUCUCUCUCUCUCUGUCUCUGUCUUGCUCUCUCCUCAUACGUCCUCUCGCUCUUGCACAUUUUUCUAUCUUGUCUUUGUCUCUGGCUUUGAAAGUUUCUCCCUUUUUCUGUAUGUCUUCUUCUGCAAUCUUUAAAGUGGUCCAACGCUCUCCCUCCACAUCCUCAGACUGUGUACUAGAGGCUGAGAAACAGCGGGUCUGUGGAGGACCCUGGGCCCUUGUGCCCUGGAAGUCUUUGUAUUUAUUGGAUUGGUAUCGAGCCAUCGCCAGUGUUCUCAAGGGACUACUCGAAUCUCUCUCCUGAAAGGAAUUCCCAUCUAGCUGCUAAAGUUGCCAUGAAUUCAAACAGAAUGCUGGCUUUUGUUGUUCUAUAGAUUAUCUCUCUCUCUCUCUCUCUCUCUCUCUCUCUCUCUCUCUCUCUCUCUCUCUCUCUCUCUCUCUCUCUCUCUCUCUCUGUGUCCCCCACCUCCUGGACCUGGCUUGGCUCCAACCUGAGUGAGAUGAGCCAUAACACAUUAAACACAAGCCUUGGGUGCAUUCUCCAACUGCUUCAAGUUCUUACGGGAAACUUUCAUAUUUUAGAAACGUGCCUGUUGUUCCUCCAAAUGCAGUUAUAUCUGCUGUCAUAGGACAAAAUAUUUUCACAGACUGAAUUGACCUUUGAUAGAUGCCUGAGGAUAAAUGCACAGGAGCCUAAUGAGGCAGCGGGAGAGAGGAGAGUGAAUGCAGGCCUUGUGUUCUUUCGCAAGCGCUUAUCUUAUUUUUACUGCAGCCUGUAGUGUUGCUCAAUACAACCCUAAACAUAAUUGAAUUCCACUGUGAAGGAUUAUUUUUUUUUUGCCUGUUAACAAGUUCUGUCUUUGUGUGAAAUGCAAUCGGAGAAGCCCCUGACACACCGGCGUGGGCAGCAGUGGUGAUGUUGACGGACGGAGGGCUUUUCUGCCGAAGGCAGGACUGACAUCCUGGAAGUAAACGUGCGAGUCCGUAAACACAGGACCCCUUUGAACGACCCGCACUGGUCCCCGGAGUACAAUCAAAGGCUUGUACCUGCUGUAGGAUGUUGUUUUAAGGGCUAAAGCCUUCUCUUAAAGAGUGUGUAUGUAUUACAGCCUCUUGCCAUUGUGCAAGGGGUGGAACCAAAUCGCUCUUGAUUUGAUAGUGAAGGGACACGCGUUGAUGGAAAACCUUUUCACGCAGGGGCCGCAUCUGGUAGAGGUGACAUCUUACUGUGUCAGGAAGUGUGUGGAGUUCUCUCUUCCCCACACAGUCCAAGGCCAUCUGAUCCAAGUGUCUUUAGGAAAUGACAUUCUACAGUCUUAGAACAAAAUAGCAAAAAAAACUGAUCAUUGGACUUUUCCCCAUAGUUGAACUCAUUCUUCGUAGAAACCUAUAAUCUAACACCGUUUUAAUCUUCUCUAUCUUCAGGUUAAAAAGGAUUCCAUAAGUGUUCUUUACCAUACUGUACAUUGGUAGCUCAAAAGGUUCCAAAGAGAUUCUGUCUAGAACUUUUAUCUAGAACCUCUACUUCUAUCAGUCUAAAAGCUGUUAUGAGUACAUGAGUGAAGAACUCUUGUCCUCUAAGAGUGUUUGUACUCAUCCAACUCCAGAUCAAGUGCAUGUGCUUCUUUUGGAUAUAAAUAAUCUGCCAGAAAUCUGCAACAACCAAAGCAGAAAAAACAAGUGCAGGUGGAGUAGGCACUUCCUUACUGAUUAGAAUGUGUGUCUUGUUUUGUUCUUAUGAAUGAAUAUGCAUCAAUUCAUGAAAUGGAAUGUUUUUAUUUUAUUUCCAGCUUUUUUUCCAGUCAUUCAGUCAAGUCAAGUCGGUCCAGUCAAGUGUUAAAUUAUGCACACAUAAUUCUUAUUUAUAGUUUCAUAAUCACAUACUCAGUAUUUUCUGGUUUAUAUUGUAAUUGAAUGUGAGUUGAAAGUAUGUAUGGACAGUGUUAUGGAUAUAACAUCAUAUUCCUCUUCUGUGUAAAGAAAAAAAAAGACUAUGAAUAGUUUCCCUUGUAGGCAAUCUUCCUGCGAUAUGUGAGUGUGUACUUUUCCAUGGGCAUUGCAUUAUAACCAGGACCAGCUUUUCGAGUCCCUCCAUAUUUGAGCGCGUAUUCGUCGUUAUCGAGGCGUGCGUGCCAGUGUAAAGAACAUCACACUCUCUCUUCGCAGCUGUGGGGAAAGGCUUUAAUCUCUGUGCAUUAACGUCCCAAACACAGAUAUGGCACGUCUGCAUAGAGUUUCACCACCAGGGAUUCCAUGGCUUGUUUAGCAUCCGCUGAGCAAGAGUCUCUCAGUGGGAAAUGGCUCCUCACAUGGCGUUGGGAAAUAGUGCCGGGAUCCGUCCUGAGUGUGUGUGUGUGUGUGUGUGUGUGUGUGUGUGCGUGCCUGCAUUUGGAGGGCACUUAACCACUCCUAACUCCAUCGGCUGGUGUGUACUUGUGCCAAGUUGCCCUAAAGAAAAUCCCUCACUCUCUAGGGCUACCAUGGUACAGGAGCGACUUGUGUGCCACCAUUUUAGAGUUUGUCUUCAUCGAUAGAAGUAAUACAUCUCUGGAUGCACGUCCAUUCGUAAAAUACUUGCCGUAGCUCCUGAGGAUAUAUAGAUGUAUGUACAGUACAGUAUGGUGGUAACAGAUAGCAGCGGGUCUGGACACAUCUUAGGUUAUGUAUGGUCAAGCUGAUGCUGAGCUUGGAGUGCCAUGUGUUGAUGUUGAGCAGCAAUGUGGUGCAGUUCUAAUGUUUCCAUGGUUUCAUGUUUUGCUGAAUCAACUAUGAAAGGUAGUUUCAGUUAACAAUUUCAAUUUCAGUCAGAGCGUCUUUCAUGAAAGUUUACAUUUCAAACCAUUUAUCAGGAAUAUUUUAUUAAGAAACAAAAUUACAAACUUAUUUUUUAAGAAAAAUGCACUUUAUUUUAAAAAGUAAGUGAAUAUAUCUGUAUGUAUAUACAACAUGUAGACCUAGAUUUGUAAUGUACUGACAUUUUAUAAUUUUUGUCAAUAUUGUAAAGGGAUAAACUUCUAAAAUGCUGCAUUUUGGCUGUCAACAUUUUUUUGUAUGUUAUGUAAAUGUCUGGCAUGCUUAUUAUUAUUAGAAGAAUUCCUGCUCAUGCAUAAUAGAUAUAUUAUUGUACAGUAUGUAUUUAUUUAUAGUGGUUUGGUUAUGACUUUGAGAAGAAUACUCCAACUCUUCCGAUCUGGAAGAUGCACUAUUUUUGAACAGAAGAGCAUAUCCCAAAUGGGACCUUGGCAAUGUAAAAAAAGGGAACAUAUCAGCUCUGAAAACACAACACAAACGGUUAAGCCUUUUCUAUUUCCUGUAACAAAUGUCUAUGAUGAAUAUAAUAAAUAUAACUUUUGCCACAAACUGC